GAGGGAGUGGAGAGAAAAAUAGUGGUUGUCUGUGGCUCUCACAGAAAGUUGUCUCAUCAAAAGAGAGGGGGUUAUUUAUUUAUUUUUCCAUUGUUCAUUUUAUCAUCGUGGAACAUAUUGAAUAAAAUACUUGUUAUUAAACUGGGAUUUUCUUCAAUCUGAGAUAUAAUCACAGACUGAUUCUUCUUGUGGGACUAGUUUUAUUAGGAUCCUACUAGUUGUCUGGUGAGGAUAUAAUACCAGUCUGUCUCUGAGAUGGAGUCCAGAACUCUUCUACUUGUUCUGGGUCUUGAUUUCAUUCUACUGGUGAACCUAGUGGCCAAAGGUUGUGACCCUGGCUUCAUAGCCAAAGGGAGUCAAAAAUGUGAUGAUAUAGAUGAGUGUAAAGAGUGGGACAGUACCCCACCCUGUGGAAGUAAAGCUGCAUGUUUCAACACACAGGGAGCUUCUACUGUCACUGUCUACCUGGGUUCAUAUCCACAACGACUGACUACUUUACUCCUCUCACAGGGAAAUGUAAGGACAUUGAUGAGUGCCUGAUAACACAGGUUUGUGGCAGCAACACCAUUUGCCUCAACACCAUUGGGAGCUUCAACUGCCAGUGCCAACCUGGCUUCAGAGUCUCUACUUACACUGGACGCUGUACAGACAUCGAUGAGUGCCUGGAGAAAACACACAGUUGUGGCAGCAACGCUAGUUGCCUCAACACCAUUGGGAGCUUCCACUGCCAGUGUCAACCUGGGUUCAGAUUCUCUAAUCACACUGUGAAGGACUGAUGGAAAGUCCAAUAUCAAGUUAUCUGAUGAGUUUCCCAAUGAUUUUGUCACGUCUGCUCCUCCUCCCCCUCUCUGACGCUCGAGGUUGCCAGGCGACUCAUCAUUACUCACACCUCUCCCCAUCGUUACGCGCCCCAGCACUUCAUCGGACUCACCUGGACUCCAUCACGUCAUUGAUUAUCUAUCCUAUAUCUGUCACCCAUCCAGUUCAUUUUACACAUCUGCAUUGAUGCUGUCUGUUAAUCCAUUAAAUAUUCAUUCCCUGUACUUACUUCUCGUCUCCCAGCGUCUGGCAUCACAGAGCCAUUUCAGAUUGUGUACAUUUCCUUUUUAAAGACUUGCUGAGGCAUUUAACAGUUAGUGACACUGUAGUAAUAUACAGUAUAAAGAUACCUGGAUCCGGCUGUUUUUCAGUUUAUUUUUAUUUAAAUUGAACCUUUAUUUGACUAGACAAGUCAGUUAAAAACAAAAUGUUACUUACAAUGAUGCCCUAGGAACAGUGGGUUAACUGCCCUGUUCAGGGGCAGAACAACAUAUAUAUUUUCUAUCAGCUCCAGAGAUUCGAUCUAGCAACCAUUCGGUUAUUGUCACAAUGCUCUAACCACUAGGCUACCUGCCACUAGGAUACCAAUCUCCUCUCUUGGG